AGCAUAGUGUCUAUCUUGGGCUUUGAUGGUUUUGAUGCCUGUGUUACUUGACCACUAUGCAUUAAACUGAUUUUCUUUUGUUUAUUUACAAGAAUUUUGUCCAUUGAUGUUCAAUUUACAGUCACUUCAGUACAGUAGACUGUCCAAAUGGCUGCUUGGAUCCUGCUACUGCACCACAAGACUCACUUCCCACAUAGCAGGGUUGUGGGGACCUGGAGUCCAUCCCAGGGGUCUCUCAGGACAAGAGAAGCCAAUCAGCCUUUAAUGCAUGUCUUUGGACUUGGGGAGGAAACUGGAGUUACCAGAGCAAACCAUUGACGCACAAACCUCUCAAACAAAGGGUGGAGGUGGGAAUCAAACCCCAACCCGGAGGUGCGAGGCAAUGAAGAAUGCUGCUUACUAAGGGAUGAGAGAGGAGUUUUCUGACCAAAACCAAAUUUGCGGUCGUUUUCGGAGGUGUGUGCCCUCGUGCCCCUGCACGUGUGAUCAAGUUAUGGUUGCCUUUAAGGACGUGUGGACAAAGGGUUUUUGGCGAGCAGUGUCUGGAGAGUUUUUGGCCAUGUUGAUCUUUGUGUUGCUCAGUUUGGGGUCCACUAUCAACUGGGCAGCAACCACAAGUGACAGCACUCCUCCUCCUCCUGACCUCGUUCUCAUCUCUCUCUGUUUCGGCUUGUCUAUAGCCACGCUCAUCCAGUGCUUCAGCCAAAUCAGCGGCGCCCACAUCAACCCGGCAGUCACAGUGGCCAUGGUGGCCACUCGCAAGCUGAGCCUGGCAAAGGGCAUUUUCUAUUUGGGAGCACAGUGUCUAGGGGCAAUCUUGGGAGCAGCUAUCCUGUAUGGUGUGACUCCUCCCGCUGUCAGAGGGAACCUGGGGGUCACCUCGGUCAGCACUCAUAUCUCUGCUGGUCACGCACUGGUGGUUGAACUCUUUAUCACCUUUGAGCUUGUCUUCACCAUCUUUGCUACCUGUGACCCAAAGCGCACUGACCUGAAGGGUUCAACAGCAUUGGCUAUCGGCCUGUCGGUGUGCAUUGGGCACCUGUUUGCCAUCCCCUACACUGGUGCCAGUAUGAAUCCUGCUCGCUCAUUUGGUCCUGCUGUCAUCACAGGGCGCUGGGAAAACCACUGGGUGUACUGGUUGGGUCCAUUAAUGGGAGGAGUCCUGGCAGCAGCCCUAUACGAGAACCUGUUCUGUCCCAACCCGGAUUUGAAAAGACGUUAUGCCAGCGUCAUCUCUAGAACCUCCUUCCCAACUGCUCAGUACCAAGGCAUGGAGCCAGGUACGUUCUCCAGUGACAAAGAUCAGAUGAUAAUCAAACAGCCAGCGUUCACAGAGCUGGAUGCGGAGCGCACUGACAGAAAGGAGAGAGAGACAGCCGGUGAGGUGCUGUCCUCCGUAUGACGAUUAUGGUGCACUGAUGAAGAAGAGCUGAGUUCUAUACAUUACACCUCCAACCAGCUUAAAGAGACAAACUGAUAUAGAGGUGUGAAUUAUACAAAAUAGUAUGUUAAAAGAGAAAUCUUUCUGCUAGCACCAUUAUCUACAGGGGUCAACCAUUACACAAUGAUGUGCGCUGCAUUUUUGUUAAUGUUACAGUACUGUGAAAAGGUCUUACUCACAACAAAUUAAAAAUAUAGAUAUAUUUUUGACAUUUACACACGUGGACAAAAUUGUUGGUACCCUUCGGUCAAUGAAAGAAAAACUCACAAUGGUCACAGAAAAAACUUUAAUCUGACAAAAGUA